CGAGUUCCAGGGUUUCAAAAAUGUUUCACCCACUAAUACUGAACGUUCGGGGCGAGAAAUUUCUUCUUAACACAAGGACGCUAAGAAAGUGUCCAGGCGCAAAUGAUUUGAGCAUAUUUCUAUGCAUGGAUCUUCCGCGCUCAGGAGAGUUGUUCCUUGACAGAGACCCCAAACUUUUUGGGCAAAUCGUGUUCUACUUGCAAGAUGGAAGACUCAAUAUACGGUACGAUGAACAUCUACUUGCUCUACUGCAGCAGGAAGCCGAGUACUAUGGCCUCCAUCAUCUUGCCGCAAGACUUCGCAACCUUCAACCUUUCGAUGGCGAACUAACCAUAGUUGCGAAUAAAGAACUUGAUCCAUCUGAAGUCGCCGUCGCGGAAGAAGGAAUAGCUACACCAUCUGGCUCCUCUGGUAGCGACGAGGAAUUCGUUUUUGAAACACGUGCUUCUCAUGUUUUGGGAAAACGCCGAUGGUGGGAAUGUUAUCUUGAUGGCCCGGAUUGGUUGGAUUAUGGUUGCCGUAGAACUGGUUUUUGUGGCAAUAAAUAUUUGUUGUAUAAAUAA